CCCCUCCGCUUCACGUCCAGAGUGCAUACUACCGUCCAAUUUGACCAUUCCUACUCCCUUUGAUUCGACUCGCUACCCUCGGUACAUCUAACCCUACUAUACUUAUCAUUUGCGAUUGUUGCAGCCCCAGGCAUCGUCACAAACACCGACACGAGGAACACUCCCACAAUGGCCAACCUAGUUGAUGAAGCGGGCUUCAUGAGUUCCUCCGGCAUGAAUUGCGAGGAAUUCACCACGUCGAGCCUCUACACAAUGAUCCCAUCCCUCGUUCGGUCGCGGAUCCCAGUGUUGGGCUCUUUUCGCCAACGUGCAAAAGUCUCGGGUCUUCAACGUUCGAACUCUCGGAAGAAGGCAUACACUCUUUCAUGCAUCGAGGUCCCUAAACCGAACGAGUCUUACGGCUUCGCUGCGACCGUCCCCUCGAGUGGUGCAAGCACACCCAUGAUCAGACCGAAUACUCCUGAGGAACUUCUUCCCUCAAAAGAACUGAGCCUCAAAAUGAUUCAGGGGCCUGAAACGAGUACCAGCGUGGAUUGGGAUAUUGCCGCAACAGGAAUAAGGCUGUGGGUGACUGCCAAAACCCAGGCUGAACAAGGCGGAGACGCGAAUGCUCUUCGAAGCAUGCAUAUUGAUGCGUUGCGAUACAUGCACAUGGCUCUGCCUCCGAGAUUGACACCUCUCGAGGUGGAUUCGUUACGUGCGAGCAUGUCACCCCAGCUCAUCUAUCAACCGCCACCAGUACAAGAAGUGCAAGCCGAGCGGCCGCCGAGUCUACUUCGACAAGGGGUUGCUCGAGCGGUGUGUUGGAUCAUUGCGGGCAUAUUCCUGAUUCUUCCCAUCAUUAUGGCCUUCCUCAACCGCAUACUGCAGUUUGAACGACAACAUCAAGUCACCGAAAGGGUACUCAUAAAUGGUCUGGACUUCACAUCUGCACUUGGAGAGCGCGGUCUCGAAGUGCAAAACGCCUUGAUGCGCUUCAAAGAUGGCCGGCUUGGAAGUGCCUGCACAGGCGCUGGGUCUUGGGUUGUCGAAGGCAUCAUAGGUGGUGUGAACGACGGUAUUGAUGCCGUCGCACAGAAUCGACGCAAAGCCAGUUGAGUGGUGUUUGGUCAUGCAUUCUAUGCAGACGUUCAGAAAGCGGUUGUUUCCUGCAUAGAUACCCCUUUAUUUCAUGACGUCCGUCCAGUUUUGUGCUGGAUACAGACGUAUCAGACAACGUUCAAUGUUUGAUAGCCCUUAAUCGACAAUUGCUCCCGUCGCUUAGUCGGCGAGGGAUCCUCUUUG